AGGGAGGACCGGAGGGAAGGCUGGGCCGGACGCUCCUCUCGCGCACGGAUCGACCUCGGGCUCCUAGAGGGGCAUCCCCGUGGGAUCCCGGCUCCGUACAUCCUGGAGCCCCUAAGGGAGGGACGGACCAACGGGAGCCGGCAGGGCCUCAUCAGACACCCCAACGCCAGGACCCAACGGGACCGAGGACGGUCGCCGGGCGCUUCACGGUCCGCGCGGUUCCAGGAUCUCUGAGGGUACCACCGCCAGGUCCUCCAGCUCCGCGCCCAUCUCCCUCCCCGCGGCCACGCCCCCGACCCUGGCCCGGCCCUGCCGGAAGCACAGUCCGCCUGGCCACGCCCCCCAGUCAUUCGUACCAAAGUUCCGGUCCAGGCCCCGCCCCCAGCCCGCCCCAGCCUCGAUUGCCUACUAGGCCCCGCCGCCCUCUCGCAGUAACGUUCGGGUCCGGCUCCCGCGCAGGCCCCGCCCCGCCACCCUCCCUCCCUCCCUCCCUCCCAUCGGGGGGAUUCAACGCGUCCCACAGAGGCCCCGCCUUCAAACAGGCCCCGCCCCCUAGCAGACUCCGUCCCACCGAGGCCCCGCCUUCAAACAGGCCCCGCCCCCGAACAGACCCAGUACCACCGAGGCCCAGUCUCCGGGCAGGCCCCGCCCACGAACAGACCCAACCCCGCCCACGAACAGACCCACCCCACCGAGGUCCCCCGACACCACUGCCGCUCAGCAGCUCCCCCGGCGGGACGCGUCGGGCGAGCUGCCCCUUCUCCCUCUCAGCUUCCGGAGGGACCGGGGCUGAGCGCCCCGCCCCGCCCCGCCUCUUCCCUCGCCCAACCCCGCGCCCUCAGUGUCCCGGCCGCGCAGGACUCGACAUGCUGCCCGACUGCCUGUCGGCCGAGGGCGAGCUGCGCUGCCGCCGGCUGCUGGCCGGGGCCACGGCCCGGCUCCGCGCGCGGCCCGCGUCGGCCGCAGUGCUCGUGCCGCUCUGCUCAGUGCGUGGGGUCCCGGCGCUGCUGUACACGCUGCGGUCCAGUCGCCUGACCGGGAGGCACAAGGGCGACGUCAGUUUCCCAGGCGGCAAGUGCGACCCGGCUGACCAAGACGUGGUGCACACGGCCCUGCGGGAAACCCGGGAGGAGCUGGGCCUGGCAGUGCCCGAGGAGCACGUGUGGGGCCUGCUGCGGCCUGUGUAUGAUCCGCGAAAGGCCACCGUGGUGCCAGUGCUUGCUGGUGUAGGCCCACUGGAUCCCCAGAGCCUCAGGCCCAACUCGGAGGAGGUAGAUGAGGUGUUUGCACUGCCGCUGGCCCACCUGCUGCAGACGCAGAAUCAGGGCUAUACCCACUUCUGCCGGGGUGGCCACUUCCGCUACACACUACCCGUCUUCCUGCAUGGACCACACCGGGUCUGGGGCCUCACAGCUGUCAUCACAGAGUUUGCCCUGCAGCUGCUGGCACCUGGUACCUACCAGCCCCGCCUGGCCGGCCUGAGCUGCUCAGGGGCUGAGGGUCUGGCCCACCCUAAGCAGCCCCUGGCUUCACCCUGCCAGGCCAGCUCCACUCCAGGACUGAAUAAAGGUCUUUGACAGCUCUAGAGCUCCUGCUUCUGCUGUACUGGGGCCUUGACCUUAGGCAGACCACUCCAGGUCGCUGGUUGGGGCUCCUCCUUCCAGUCACGCCAUUCCCCACAGCAGCGGACACUUCCUGGGUGCCAAGUACUUGGAGUCAAUUCAUCUUACCCUCACAACAGCCCGUAAGGCGGGGCCAACACUGUCUCUGGCUGGUGAGACUGCUUUCAGGGAGGAGAGACACCUUGCCUAAGGGCCCCAGGCUGGGAUUGGAACCAGAGCUCUCAGACUCCACAGCCCAGACUCUUAGGCACUGCACUGCCCAUGUCUCAGCCUGCACCUCCUGUUCUGUCUGCUGUGCCUGGCUGACCCUGUGCUGGGCUCCGGGAUCCCAGAGAGGAGUAAGGCGCACCCAUGCCCCUGGGUGUUACUGCAGGGGUCUCACACACAGAGCCCCUGUGUGUGCCAGCUGCUGUGUGGGGGCCACAGCUGUGGACCGGUCAGAUGCUCACCUGCCCUCCAGAGUGAGGAGUGCUCAGUCUAGGGGAGACCUCAGACGAGGUCACACAGAUAAUCAUGUGGUUCCACAUUAAUUAAUCACAGAUAAUAGUGGAAUUAUGUAAGACAUCAACUAGGUAGACCAGGGUUCUGUGAAAGAGUUGAGGGAGUGGGUGGUCUGAGCUUGCCGUGGCAGGAUGGCUGGAUCCAGGGGCUCAGGGGCUCCCCUCUUGCUGUGCUUUGCGCUGUGCUGGCCUCAGCCCCGGGGAGGUUGUCUCUAGUGCAGAAUGUGAGAGGUUGAGGAGAGGAUAGCAGCGUCCAUCAACAGAAAACACGGCUGCUCCUUCCCAGCCAGUCUAACCCAGAAGUGCACUUCACUGGCCUGCCUUGAGUCACAUGUCCUUCCCUGAGCCUGUCACAUGGCCAGUUGGAUUUACAAUACAUUGAUGGAUAGAGUCUGGGAUGCUUGCCUGGGUAGGAGGGGGAACUCCCUGGACUGAGAAGCAGUGGUUCCCGAAGAACAAUUGAGGUUCCCACUUUAGACAAAAAUCAACUCAAAAUGGCCUGUAAAAACCUGAAGUGAGCCGGACGUCGUGGCUCAUGCCUGUAAUCCCAACACUUUGGUUGGCCAAGGCCGGCCACCGUGACUCAGGAGUUCAAGACCGGCCUGGCCAAUGUAGUGAAACCCCAUCUGUAUAGAAAUACAAAAAAAUUAGCCAGGCAUGGUGGUGCACGCUGUAAUCCCAGCUACUCAAGAAGCUGAGGUGGGAAGAUCGCUUGAGCCCAGGAGGCAGAGGCUGCAGUGAACUGAGAUUGUGCCACUGCACUCCAGCCUGGGCGACAGAGUGAGAUCCUAUCUAAAAGGAAAAAAACAAAAAAAACAAAAACCUGCAAUGGUAACACUACUUGAAGGAAACAUAUGGGGAAAGUUCUAGACAUUGGUCUGGGCAAUGAUUUCUUGGAUAGGACCCCAAAAGCAAAGGCAUCAAAAGCAAAAA